AUGGCACGUGUUCUGUUCUCGCUAACAUGCAUUUCCCACUUCUUCGCAUCCAUCCUCCCAAUCCUCUAUCCCCUCUAUAAGGCAGCAACUGCUCACACCACUUUGUUCUCAUCAAUUCAACCGGCAAUGACGAGUGCGGUCAAUAAUGCAAAGUCGAAAGCGGGUCCAAAUGAGACCGUUGGAUCACUCAGAAAAUCUGCUACUACCACCACCACCACCACCUCCCAUCCGCCCACUCAUGGGAUAGAGUGCAGUCUCACCGUCAAAGCCAGUGGAGACUACGGCUCUGACGCCCACCCUGGUGUCAUAGUCGUGCAUCUUGCGUGCUCAACAAUCGUGACAGCAUGUCUAGAGAUAGCCUAA